UGGUAUUGGCAGAAGGGCUCCCUGGGAAGUGUUUACAUCUGAGCCUGUGGAACUCUUCAUCACAGGAAGACAAGAAGAGUAAGCCACUGGGGAAGAUGAACGGCAGCAGUUACUCCGCAGCCAUGACGGAGCCCAAGUCCGUGUGCGUGUCGGUGGACGAGGUGGUCUCGGGCAGCAUGGAGGCCACCGAGACGGACCUGCUGAACGGACAUCUGAAAAAGGUGGACAACAGCCUCAUGGAGGCCCAGCGCUUUUCGUCCCUGCCCCGCCGGGCGGCCGUGAACAUCGAGUUCAAGGACCUCUCCUACUCCGUCCCCGAGGGACCCUGGUGGAGGAAGAAAGGUUACAAGACCCUUCUGAAAGGGAUCUCCGGGAAGUUCAACAGCGGGGAGCUGGUGGCCAUCAUGGGUCCCUCCGGGGCCGGCAAGUCUACGCUCAUGAACAUUCUGGCAGGAUACAGGGAGACUGGCAUGAAGGGGUCCAUCCUCAUCAACGGCCUGCCUCGGGACCUGCGCUGCUUCCGGAAGGUGUCCUGUUACAUUAUGCAGGACGACAUGCUGCUGCCACACCUCACCGUGCAGGAAGCCAUGAUGGUGUCUGCACAUCUGAAGCUGCAGGAGAAGGAUGAAGGCAGGAGGGAGAUGGUCAAGGAAAUCCUGACGGCUCUGGGCUUGCUCUCCUGUGCCAACACAAGGACCGGAAGCCUCUCCGGCGGCCAGCGGAAGCGCCUGGCCAUCGCACUGGAGCUGGUGAACAACCCUCCCGUCAUGUUCUUCGAUGAGCCCACCAGCGGCCUGGACAGCGCCUCUUGCUUCCAGGUGGUCUCCCUCAUGAAAGGCCUGGCCCAGGGCGGCAGGUCUGUCAUCUGCACCGUCCACCAGCCCAGCGCCAAGCUCUUCGAGCUCUUUGACCAGCUCUAUGUCCUCAGUCAAGGACAAUGUGUGUACCGGGGAAAAGUCUCGAAUCUUGUACCAUACUUGAGGGAGUUGGGUCUGAAUUGCCCGACCUAUCACAACCCCGCUGAUUUCAUCAUGGAGGUGGCGUCCGGUGAAUACGGUGACCAGAACGGCCGCCUGGUGAGAGCCGUCCGGGAGGGCAUGUGUGACUGCGACAGCAGGAGAGAGCCCGGGGGGGAUGCCGAGGUGAACCCUUUUCUUUGGCACCGGCCCUCUGAAGAGGUAAAGCAGGCAAAACGAUUAAAGGGGUUGACAAAGGACUCCACCUCCAUGGAAGGCUGUCACAGCUUCUCGGCCAGCUGCCUCACCCAGUUCUGCAUCCUCUUCAAAAGGACCUUCCUCAGCAUCAUGAGGGACUCGGUCCUGACGCACCUGCGGAUCACCUCUCACAUCGGGAUCGGCCUCCUCAUCGGCCUGCUGUACCUGGGCAUCGGGAAUGAAGCCAAGAAGGUCCUGAGCAACUCCGGCUUCCUCUUCUUCUCCAUGCUGUUCCUCAUGUUCGCGGCCCUCAUGCCCACCGUUCUCACAUUCCCCCUGGAGAUGGGGGUGUUUCUUCGCGAGCACCUCAACUACUGGUACAGCCUGAAAGCCUACUACCUAGCCAAGACCAUGGCCGACGUCCCCUUCCAGAUCAUGUUCCCCGUGGCCUACUGCAGCAUCGUGUACUGGAUGACGUCACAGCCGUCUGACGCCGUGCGGUUCGUCCUGUUCGCGGCGCUGGGCACCAUGACCUCGCUGGUGGCCCAGUCCCUGGGUCUGCUGAUUGGAGCAGCGUCCACGUCCCUGCAGGUGGCCACCUUCGUGGGGCCCGUGACGGCCAUCCCUGUCCUGCUCUUCUCGGGCUUCUUCGUCAGCUUCGACACGAUUCCGACGUACCUGCAGUGGAUGUCCUACAUCUCCUACGUGAGGUAUGGCUUCGAAGGCGUCAUCCUCUCCAUCUACGGCCUGGACCGGGAGGACCUGCACUGUGGCAUCGACGAGACGUGCCACUUCCAGAAGUCGGAGGCCAUCCUGCGGGAGCUGGACGUGGAGGACGCCAAGCUGUACCUGGACUUCCUCGUCCUGGGGAUCUUCUUCAUCUCCCUGCGCCUCAUCGCGUACUUCGUCCUGAGAUACAAGAUCCGGGCGGAGAGGUAAAGCCGCCGGCAGCCGGCAGAGGGCGCAGGAGACUCGUGGAGCCGCGGGCCGCGGACACCCGGCCCCGCCCCCGCCCUGGCCGCGCCCCGCCGCCGGGCGAUUCUCCAUCUGACUCCCUUUCCUGCUCCGCCGAGGACGAAGGUGCAGACGGCGCGUCCGCGAGCCCAUUUCGCAACGCGGCGGCGGGGCAGGUGCGCCGGGGAGGAGGACCAGCGCCCGCGGACCGGUCACGACUGUCGUGCGCUGUCGCGCCCCCACGGCUGCCUCCUUCUCCACGGAGAAGUCACUUUCCAAGCCAAAAGCCGCUAACUCUCAUUCGUUCGAAGAAACUGUAUCUUUUUACGUCGAAGAACGCGAUUCAGGGUGCAGGACGCACUUGGCUUAGAGGGCGAGGCGAUGGAGGUCGCGGGGCUGGUCUGGCCCUCGGUGGCGGCUGCGGAAGACGCAGAGCAGAGCGGCCGCCGCCGCAGCAGGAAGGCUCUGCAGCUGCAGGCUCAGCGACCGGGGACUCAGCAGCCCGAGGAGAGCUGGAGGGUGAGGCUGGCCGCCGCCCCCGGGUCUUCUGUUUUCCCCCCACGCUUCUUAUUUUAAGCAAAGCAUAUUGUUUAUUUUUUCCUAACUUUCUCACCACCUUAAUUUUGCCUAAAACAUGUCUAGAAAAUUAGCCUCGUUGAUGUUUUCCACGUGUCUCUGUCCUCACGCAUCACCUCAACUACCUCCACGGCGCUGGGGGUACCGGGCUCGCGGAAGGUCCCAGGGGCCCACCUGCAGCUGGGCGAGGGCGCCCAGACCCCAGAGCACCCAAGGUUUUUCAAGAAAGUGGCAAAGACCGUGCGGCCGAGGUGCCCGCGGUCUGGCCAGGCAGUGGACAGAGUGGGCGGUGCCGCCUCCCACGGCGGGUCUCUGUGGCGACUGCGUGCUCUCAGGCCUGGCUGGGCUGGGGUCCUUGUCACAGCUCUGCAGCUCCGUCUUCCCCACGCAGGAAGUGGAGGGUGCAUGGGGUGGGGGACGGUCUCUGGCCUGGUCACAGGGGCCUGUGUGCCCACCAGCUGUCAGAGGCUGUGUGACCACGGGGAGGGAGUCAGAAGAGGUCAAAGAAGGAAAUGGAGCUGCUUCCCCCUUGGCAUCUCAGUGCCCAGGGGCGGGGCUCUCCCGGUGACUCUCGUGCACACCCCCCUCCGCCCCCGCCUCCCCAGCCUGGAUCUCCUGGUCUGUGAACAGUGGCGCUGGGUGGCCUUUGAGGCGGUUUUCAGCCUGAGGAGGGUCUGCAGCUCCUGGGGUGUUUUCCCAAAGCUUCUAGCUCCUGCCUGGGGAGAAUGGGGGAGAAUGGAAAGCCUUUGUUUGCAUUUGACCCGCACAUGGAUUUGGUUUGCAAAUGCUUAGGGAGCCUUUCGCUCACCCUUUGCUCCUUUUUAGUAAACACAAUUGAGCCAUGUUACAAUGUAA